UUCAGUUCCAACUGCAACAGCAGCAGCAGCGACUCUCUAGUUUUACUUUCCCUAGCGCCUCACAGCAGUACAACCCCCUGCUGCCCGUCUCAGAGCAGGCACCCACCGCUACGCUCUACGACCAAUACCAGCAGCAACCCGCCAGCGGCCGCAGGCCGCCCCCGGAAAGACGCGACUCUAAAUGGAAGGGCUCUUCUUCGUCCUCUACCGCCGUCGAUAUGUCAACCGCGCCUGCUGUCGCCGCCCGCGGCGCACGCAGCUACAGACAGUCCUCGACGUCCAACUCGGCUUCCGGAUCGCUUGCCACCGCCGGCCAGGGAAUUUUCCAUGCCAAUCCAGAACUCGACCGUCGCGUGGUCUCCCCGGCCGUCACCAGAGCGAAUACAUACGACGCUCCGUUCAUUCCUUCCGACCGGACGCUGCCCACGCCUCUGUCCUCGCUCUCGACAGUAUCACUACAAGAGCUCGAAGACGCGUACGUGCAGUUCAUUCUCUACUGCAAUCCUACUCUCAGUCUAGACGCAAACACGGAAGACCUCCGUCGGGCGUUCAGAACCGUGCCCAAGAGUGACGGAAAAGCAUUUGCCAUCACGACUUUGCUCGCACUGCUCAAGCAGUUCGAGACCGGCGAAAUCAAGACUUGGACCCGGCUCGUUACCGAACUCGGCGUCGAGCGCACUCCUGAGCAGAGCGCUCAGAAAGCUCAGCAAUACGCUGUUCGUUUAAAGGUUAGUACAUAUUUCCCUUUUUUUUGAGUUCAGCGAAAGACUUCAAGACACACCCAGGUCUUAUUUCCGUUUUCACAUUACUAACUUCUCAUCUACCCUACAGAGAUGGAUGCGCGCAAUGCAC